UGAUUGGUUGAUCAGGUGCCAUCUUAAUCGUAAAACAGUUUCCCGUGGGAUAUAUUAGCAUCCUUGGGGACAUAAUAGUUACACCAUACACUGGAAAGCAACAAAAGCCAUACCCGAGAGAGUUUGUUCCAGAACCCGAGUGAGACGUCAGCCCGUGUAAACAAUAACAGUUUAGUCAAAACUUUUUAUUCAAUGAACAGCAAAAAUAUUUCGACAAUUUAAACUCGGAGAUAAUAUAUAUUGGUUUAUAUUGAAGUUUGAUAAUAGUAUGUGUUUAUUGUGAUCAAAAUAAUACAUAAAUGUAAAAUAUUAUGAUAAAAUUUGUUAUUUGACGAAAGGAUUUCAUGUUUGGAGUGACUGAGCCCGCACCAUCAAGAGAAUUAAGUACCGGUCCCAUGAAGGAAGAACCUCAUCCCGUUAGUCAGAGUAACCCCGUGAGAAACUGGAUGCAGCCUACAGUAGUAGACCAAACCGCAAGUGUCGGAUUUGGCAGAGCUCACUUCGAGAAACAACCUCCCAGCAAUUUACGCAAAAGUAACUUCUUUCAUUUUGUGCUAGCUUUAUAUGACAGACAAGGACAGCCCAUAGAAGUUGAGAGGACAGCAUUUAUAGACUUUGUUGAAAAGGAAACGGAAGUUGAAGGACAGAAAACAAAUAAUGGAAUUCAUUACCGAUUACAAUUAUUAUAUUCUAACGGUGCCCGACAAGAACAGGACCUAUUUAUACGGCUCAUUGACUCCGUUUCCAAACAGGCCAUUAUAUACGAAGGUCAGGAUAAAAACCCAGAAAUGUGUCGUGUUUUACUAACACACGAAGUAAUGUGUAGUCGGUGUUGUGAUAAAAAGAGUUGUGGAAACAGAAACGAAACCCCUUCUGAUCCAGUAAUCAUAGAUAGGUUUUUCUUGAAAUUCUUCAUGAAAUGUAAUCAGAACUGUCUGAAAAAUGCUGGUAAUCCACGAGAUAUGCGCCGUUUCCAGGUAGCUAUAUGUACAACAGUAAGUAUUGAGGGUCCAAUCCUGGCGGUCUCAGACAACAUGUUUGUCCAUAACAACUCGAAACAUGGCAGACGUGCACGAAGAUUAGACCCGACAGAAGGAGAUACCUGGUUACUGGCCGACCCUUACUCCACCAGGGCAUUUUCACGUUAUCCAAGGGACUCGGGUAUGCUUACUACACCUUGUAUAAAGGCUAUCUGUCCGAGCGAGGGGUGGACGUCAGGUGGAACAACAGUCAUAAUCAUAGGGGACAACUUCUUUGACGGUCUACAGGUGGUCUUUGGUACGAUGCUUGUUUGGAGCGAGUUGAUAACAUCACAUGCGAUACGGGUACAAACACCUCCCCGUCAUAUCCCGGGGGUCGUGGAAGUAACAUUGUCGUAUAAAUCAAAACAGUUCUGUAAAGGAGCACCUGGUAGAUUUGUUUAUACAGCUUUGACGGAACCAACAAUUGACUAUGGCUUCCAGCGAUUGAUGAAACUUGUACCGAGACAUCCGGGCGACCCAGAAAGAUUGCCUAAAGAAAUAGUGCUAAAACGUGCGGCUGACUUGGCUGAAGCUUUAUAUAGCAUGCCUAGAAAUCCCAACCAGAUACUACCACCUCCCAGAUCUCCAGCGAUCAACAAUAGCUCACCAAUGUCUAGUUUUAACACUUAUACUGGCCAAUUAGCUGUCAGUGUUCAAGAUCCGGGUAGUCAAUGGGAAGAAGGAUAUUCACGGGGACAGUCUUCUAGUGUUUCACCCAGAGGUUAUACAUCUAACGGCUCAACACCACACAGUAAUGGUAGUAGUUAUGGCUCUACUGCCAUGAAUGGUUACCAUCCCACUGGGGGAUUAGGUAAUAUGGUUGCACCCUCACAAUCACCCUCCCUGCCCCACUCUAACUCUCAUGGCGGAAGUGGAAUAUUCUCAUUUUCACCAGCCAAUAUGGUCCACGCGGUGAAACAGAAAAGUGCAUUUUUCCCAGUGAUGAGACCAGGUUCUGGUUAUAGCCCACCUAUGGCAAGUACUCUGCCCAAUGGGUGGGCCCAGACAAUGAUAAAUGAAUGAGUGGUAUAGUAGGAUCUCCAUUUUCUGCAGUAAAUCCUUUUGCUCUACCAACUUGUAAUGGACAAACUUAUGGUAGUUCGAUAAUUUCAGCUGCAAAAUAAUCAGAUAUGUGGAUUUCAGUGGUUGGUCAGCAUAAGAGAAAGUUUUUAUUAAGUCGGAGUGAGUUUCGCUUAAUACUGAUUCUACAAAUGGCAAACGUGGAGUUACAGAACGGUUUGGAAGGUGAGAAGGUGUCCAAGAAGCAAAUUGCCUUAAAUGAUAUAACAAAAUUUGCUCAGAAACAGUGCAACUGUAAUCAAAUGUCUCAUUAUAUAGUCCAUUUUUAUGAACAUAUGCAUGUAAAUACACAUAUUUAAAGCAGUCUAUGCUGUCAGAUAAAUGACAUUUUUAAACCAUAUUUAUAAUUAUAUCUGAAUGAAUAUUGAAGAUCAGUGCUAACUGUGUCAGACUCCUUGAGACAUUUUCACUCAAAUUUAUUAUUGUGAUAUUGUUUGAACAAAUACUCCUAAUGUAUUUUUAUGUUUAUAUUUAUAUUAUGUAUAUUUUGUUGAUAUUUUGUCCUCUAGUCUUGCUAAACAAAGAGUGUCUAGUCAAUUUUACUUGUAUUAUUAAUGUUAUUUUUAUUAUGAUCGUAAUGUAUGGCCAAUUUUCAUACAAAGUGCAAUGAAUAUGUAUAUUAGCUUUUUAAAUCUACAGUUAAAUAAAUGCCAAUCUAGUCUGUUUUAAUAUUUGCAUUAAAACUGAUGAAUACCUAUUUGAAUAUUAAUUUAAGUUACAUGAAAAAUGUCUCAAUUGUCAAACUAAAAGACAGUGUGAACAUUGUUUCAUUUUGAUUUGAGAAGUGGUUGUGAUUAGCUUCAACUUCAAUUAGUUAAGCAAAGAGAGUCCCAGUAAACUUAAAUAUAAUGCUUUUUCAUUGUGUGUUUUCUUUGUUAUUUUUUUUUUAUACAAUUCUUUCACACCAAGACAACUAAAUUGAAGAAAAGUAAGAAAAAAUUAACAUAUUCAAGUUAGUUUAAUUUUCUUCCGUCCAUAGUUAUUCCGGUCUUAAAUGAUUUGGAAGAAUUACGCAUCAUUUGAGCUGUGGACAAAUACGACAUGUAUGUACAUGUCACAGUUUUUGGUACGUUUGGUGAUAGUCUUUUAUAAAGAAUUGAAGUACUGAGUAAAUAUAUAGUUCAAUACAUUAAUUAAAGAGUAUUCAUACCCAAAUAUUCUAUUGAUUGAUAUUGAAAAUGUUUAUGAAGAGGUAAGUAAUCUCUUAAGAUAGAAUAUUUAAUUCGUUAUCUCAACUCGAAAUCUGCAUUGAGAUAGAUGUUACAAUUUAGGGGUGUGAAUUUUUUUAGAAUAUGUAAUGAUUUCUGUUUUUUUGCAAUGUGAGCAUAUAGACUAUUUUAAUUUAUUAUAAGAAACCCAUUGAAGACAGUACUCAGGAUUCAUAGUUUAACGUCACUGUCAGAUGUCAUUGUAUACUUUAACAAUUUUUAUGGAGACAAAUUAAAGAAAAAAUAUCUUA